GUAUGAAAUCUUUGUUUAUGCUUCUAAAACCAAGCCAAGUUCAUUAUCUCCUUUUCUAAAUAUAUAUUCUUAUGUUGUUGUGCCUAUAAAUAACUUCAACUACUCACUUCCCAAAUAUACACACUCAUAACUAUAGAGCAUAUUUUUCUUAGCUUUGCAUCUCAUUGUGUAAUUUAUAAUGUCUAGGGGAUUGGAACCACUUUCUGUGGGAAGGGUGAUAGGAGAAGUUGUUGAUAUUUUCAAUCCAAGUGUUAGAAUGAAUGUGACAUAUUCCACUAAACAAGUUGCAAAUGGUCAUGAGUUAAUGCCCUCUAUUGUUAUGAACAAGCCAAGGGUUGAUAUUGGGGGUGAUGACAUGAGGUCUGCUUAUACUUUGAUCAUGACAGACCCAGAUGCUCCUAGUCCUAGUGAUCCAUAUUUAAGGGAACAUCUCCACUGGAUGGUCACAGAUAUUCCAGGCACCACAGAUGUCUCUUUUGGAAAUGAGAUUGUGGAGUAUGAGAGUCCAAAGCCAGUAAUAGGAAUCCAUAGAUAUGUCUUCAUCUUGUUCAAACAGAGAGGGAGACAAACAGUGAGAGCCCCAAAUUCUAGAGACAAUUUCAACACAAGAAGGUUCUCAAAUGAGAAUAACCUUGGCUUACCUGUUGCUGCAGUUUACUUCAAUGCUCAAAGAGAAACUGCGGCAAGAAGAAGGUGAUCAAUCCAAAAUUGAACAUGCACCGUCAGUAUAAACUAAUUUUAAUCUGACGUUUCAAUGAGAAUCCAACAUUUUGCGGUUACAAAUGAUGUUUACAUGACAAUAUUAUCAGUUCUUAUUGAAUGUCAGUGUAAAACUAUUUUAUUUUACACCAACGGUGCAUGUCUACUAAACUCGUUAUCAAUUCCUGACGCUGAAAGGAUGCAAUGAAAAAAAAAAACUUGUUUCAGUCUAAUAUAUCUUAAUUUGAUUUGUUUCGUAUGGUUUUUCUUAGGGUUUGUCAUUGUUGAAUAAGGAUAUAGAUUUUGUUGAAAUCUCUAUCCAAUUUUCACUUUUUCUUUUGUCUAUUUCUUAGGGGGAAAGUAUUUUUAGAAUCGAUUUGAGGUUACAAUUGGGAUUGUAACAUCAAAUGUUUUUAUGUUUUUGCGAUUGUGUUGGGGCUGCAACUAUAGUCAUAUCAAUUAUAUUUGAUAUUUUCUGUAAUAUUGAGAAUCGUGAUGUGGUCGUGACCGCGAUAGUUCACAUGCAACCUUAGAGUUAGGUGAUGUUUAAAAGGUUGCACAUAUAUAUUCUUGAUGUACUUUUGUAUUGUAUUGUAAGUGAGUUGUUGUGGAAGUUGUGGAUCAAACAUUGUUCUAAAGGUUAAUGAUAUGAUUUUUUCCUUUGGGAAACAAAAAGUGAUUUUUGUUUUA